CAAAACCCAAAAAAAGAAAAAGGAAAUAGCAAGGGAGAGAGAGAGAGAGACUGAUAGAGCAAUAGAGUUAACUAGGGUUAGUUAAUCAACCCAGGCAAGGAGCGAGGUAAGGCAAGAAACUGAGUUAAAGGACGUUUCUUCGAGGAAGGAGAGAGGCAGAGCUGAAAGGAAAAAAAGGAAAAGGAAGAAAGAGAAAGAGAGAUAGAGAGGAGGGAGUUUACUGUGUUUAGACAACUGAGUUAACCCGGACGAUCCCUUGCCUCCUUUUACAUUUCCUCCCGAUUCCUUCUCCUCAAUCUCAACUCGUCUUAUUCCGAUUCUUAAAUCAACUCGGAAAAUUUAUCUGUUAUCUUUGGGUUUUUAAUCGGCAAGGCGGGUAAUCGAGAUUUCUUUGUACCUUUCCUUCAGAUCUCGAAAUCUGGUUUUUGGGGUUUCCUAUUGUUUGUGGCUACUAUAGAUGGCUCCUUCAAUGUAGUGUGGGGAUAGAUCUUCAUUUUGGUUCUGCCGAUUUUGUAGAUUGGGUUCUGUUCUUUUUUUUUUUUCCUUCUUUUUCAGUUUUUGGGCUGGGGUUUUGGUUUAGUUUUUAUUGAUUGAUGAUUGUUGGUGAAUUGGAGUAUUUUCGUGUUCAAUUGCGAUUGGCUUUGGAGUUUGGCGUCUUCUUGGGGGGGAAGAAGCUCUCUUCCAUUGUCGCCUCUGCCUCCGGCCUGGAAAGCCGUGAUUGGUUUUUCUCGACUUUUCAUGUCUCGUAAGUUGGACAGUCCUGUUCAAACUCAGAUGGCAGUGGCAGUGUUUAAAAGUCCUCUUAGAGGGGAAUAUCCUAGGAACAAUAGAAUGGAAGGGAAACAACCUGCUGGGAGGAGACGGGUUUUUGUGCAAACAGAGACUGGUUGUGUCUUGGGCAUGGAGCUGGAUCGCAGUGACAAUGCUCAUACAGUUAAAAGGAGGUUGCAGGUUGCGCUUAAUUUCCCUACAGAGCAAAGCUCACUGACUUUUGGGGAUGUGGAGUUGAAAAAUGACCUAAGUGCCAUUCGGAAUGAUUCCCCACUUCUCCUAACACGGAACUAUCUUCACAGAAGCUCCUCUACUCCUUGUCUUUCACCUACUGGAAGGGAUCUUCAGCAGAGAGAUAGAAGUGGUCCUAUUGAGAUACUGGGACAUUCUGAUAGCUUUGAUGUAUUAAAAGUUGUGGUGAAGGACAUUGUUAAGGCAAUGAAGAUGGGUGUUGAUCCACUUCCGGUUCAUAGUGGUCUGGGGGGUGCCUACUAUUUUAGGAAUCCUAGAGGUGAGAGUGUUGCAAUUGUGAAGCCAACAGAUGAAGAACCUUUUGCACCAAACAAUCCAAAAGGCUUUGUUGGGAAAGCCCUUGGACAACCAGGUUUGAAACGUUCAGUUCGAGUAGGGGAGACAGGUUUCAGAGAAGUUGUGGCUUACCUUCUGGACUAUGGUCAUUUUGCCAAUGUGCCACCAACAGCACUGGUGAAGAUUACUCACUCAGUCUUCAAUGUCAACGAUGGCGUCAAUGGACAUAAGCCUUACAAGAAGAAUCUUGUUAGCAAGAUUGCAUCUUUCCAACAGUUUAUACAGCAUGAUUUUGAUGCUAGUGAUCAUGGAACCUCAAGCUUCCCUGUUUCUGCUGUACACCGCAUAGGGAUACUUGAUAUACGGAUAUUUAACACAGACAGGCAUGCAGGAAACCUUUUAGUCCGGAAGCUGGAUGGUAUUGGGAGGUUUGGUCAAGUGGAACUUAUUCCUAUUGAUCAUGGCCUUUGCUUGCCAGAAACUUUGGAGGAUCCAUACUUUGAGUGGAUUCAUUGGCCUCAGGCUUCAAUACCUUUCUCCGAGGAUGAGCUUGAGUACAUAGAAAAUCUUGAUCCUAUUAAGGAUUGCGAGGUGCUGCGAAGGGAACUCCCAAUGAUAAGGGAGGCUUGUCUCCGUGUUCUGGUCCUCUGCACGAUUUUCCUGAAGGAAGCUGCGGCUUUUGGUCUCUGUCUUGCUGAAAUUGGUGAGAUGAUGAGUAGGGAAUUUCGGGCUGGAGAGGAGGAACCUAGUGAGCUAGAGGUUGUUUGUCUGGAGGCAAGGAGGUUGGUAGCGGAGAGGGAGCUGUCAUCUCCUAAGUCUCAGAUGGGAGAUGCAGAGUUCCAGUUUGAUAUUGACUGUGAGGAACCAGAAUCAGAGUUCACCCCAAAAAUGGCUAAUGAUGAUUUUAUGACCAGAGGACCAUUCCAAUUUGGAAAUGGAUUUAUGAAUAACCGUUUUCCGCUUUCAAAGCUGGAGGAAUGCUUUGAGGAAGAUGAGGAAAGUGAAGGAGAAGUAGAGCAGGAGAAUUUUUCCGCUUUCCAAGGUCUUGAAAGGAUCCCGUCCAUCUCGAAGCUGUCAGUGUCACUUAAAAAUACCAGCUUAGGUGACAAGAGCCAGAAGUACUCAAAAUUUUCUGGAGCAAAACAAGAAAAUGGCUAUCUUACAAGCUCAUCGGGGCAUAGAAGUGCAAAUGAGCAGCUUCCUGCAAGUGUGAGCUUUGUGAAGCUGGCUGACAUGAAUGAGGAGGAAUGGGCCAACUUCUUGGAGAAGUUCCAGGAGUUGCUUUACCCAGCAUUUGAGAAACGUAAAUCCGUUACCUUAGGUCAGAAGCAGAGACAGAGGCUUGGUACUUCGUGCCAGUUUUGAGAUUGAGGUGCCAGUAAUAUUGAUACCAGAGAGUUGACUGAAGACGAAAUAAGACUUAGUAGGUUUGUUGGGACUUGGGAUGAAGGAUUAGGAUAGAUUCAGUAUAUGGGUUUUCCCCGGGAAUGUUGUAGGAGGAAUCGCUGUAAAUAUUCUUGGCUUCAGCUAAGUGGAGAGCUGAGUAGAAUUGGUUGUAUUUCUUCCUUAAGCUUUUAGCUUUGAUUUUGUUUGUUUUUUCUUUUUCUUCUUUUCUUUCACCUCCUUAUGGGCUCUGUUUGAUAAAUAAUUUGUAGAUUGGAGUCUUUAAAAAAAAAAGAAAUAUUUAUGUAAAUAGGGACAUUUUGAACUCUUGUGUUCUUGAAAACUAGCCUUCCAGUUCUUUUUUCAG